UAUUUGUGAAAUAUAAUAAGCAAUUAAAGUUUAUCAUACCGUAUCAAGAUGGUUAUUAAUAAAUUUGUCUAACAACCCCAGCAUUAAUCAAAGCAUUGAAGCAUUUCAAGUUAUAUUUAUAGGAGGGAACAAUUUAUAAAUUUUCCUCAGUUGUUAUAGCUAUGGAUAGACUCCGAAGGCAUUCGCAAUGCAGCGCAGUGUUAUUAUUAUUCUAAUCCUUGCUCUAAAUUUAAACUACAAUGUAAAGAAAGUUCGAAAUAUUAAAAAUAUACUGAUAAUUUGUAAUAUUAACUAAAUUUUUCCAAUAUAUUUUUGUAGUCUGCACUAAUAUUUAAAUUCAAAAAUGUUCAGUGCAAAUCAUUCAACGAAUCCUUAAUGGUUAUGCCGAUUUGCCAAAUUCAAGCCGUUGCCCGGGAUAAAAAUGUUUUUAAUUUCUGGGGCAUUUGGCGAUAUUCCGUUAAAGAAGUUUCCACCGAAGUUCAAAUCUUCAAACGUGCCAAUGGGUUUAAGCCGUGGCUAUUUAAGUAUACCAUAAACUUUUGUGAAUAUUUACAGAAAAAGAACCAUCGACUUUUUACUCUUAUUUUUAAUCUAUUCAAAGAGUAUACAAAUUUGGCAACCAAAACGUGUCCUCUCGUGGGAAAUAUAACGGUUUUAGGAUUUAAUCUGAAUUUUGAUCGACUUAAGCUUCCUCUGCCAACUGGCGUUUAUUUGCUGGCAACAUCUUGGAUUUUAGACAAAAAAUUAACAUCAAAUUUGAAUGUAACAUUUGAAUUUGUCGAGGACUUUGGUCUUGACACUGAAAAAAGUCUUUCCGGGCACUAAAGUUUUUUUUUUUUUGAGGUCUUAGAGAUCGAACAGAACAGAACAGAAAUGGAACAGUUUUAAAUUU